GGAAACAGCUACCAUGAAGCAUACACUACGGACAAAACUACAUAUGUACUAUGGGUCACGAUGAAUGGAAGCGAACGAACCCGCUCUGUCGCUGAACAUGGUUAUCCAAAGCCGCCGACUUCAUCGCUUGCCGCUCUGCCUCAGAGCCCUUGGACUCGCACAACAUCGCCCUGGAUAGUUCGAUAUAGACAGAUAGUAUGGACUACGAAAGACUUGACCUCUGAGAAUGCUUCGACUCUUUAUAAUACCUGCACCCCUUGUCCUGACGGCAUCCAGGUGCUAUAUGAAGCUAUAGAACCAAAAGUGUAUCAGUAUGUCAGUGUGUCAGCGUGCUCAAAGGAGGGAACAAGAAAACAGUCCAGAGUGAGGAACAUGGAGGAGCUCACUAAGGGAGCAAGUCCGCACAAAAAAAAGUCUAAGUCGAGCCCGAGUGAGCGCUUGAGCUCCGGGCCUGCAUAAGCGGGUUCGAAAACCUUGUUUUCUCGGAUGCCAGGCGGAUUCUCGUAUAUCUUGGCAGUCGACAGAAUUCCACGAGGACAGACAAGAACUGGACGAGAAUGUCAUCCCGUCGUGUUUUCUUGCAUUCUCGGCAAACGCGGCACGGCGGGUUCAGGGAGAUUCCCGUUGUAUUGUGUAAUUUGACCAGAAUAUGCCCUCGGCGAAUUCUGGCGUUUUACGCUGUGGUU